AUGUUUCUUGGAAAUGUCAAAUGCAACCGGUUUAGUUCAAACCGGCGUUAAGUGCGGGCGAUAAUUGCCGACACGGAUUCAAUACAAGCAGGCCCUUUCCCCCCUUCCCGCAUAUACUUGGGAAUCUGAACCUCUUUCCGGCCCGAUCUCGAAGAUUUUCCGGCGAGAUCUCUAAAUAUUCGUCGGAAAAUCUUCCUUCUUUGAUCUAUUUAUUUGAAUUUACUGUUAUAUUCGAAUUAGUUUCACAUCUAUGGCUCCGGUGUCGGCUCUAGCGAAGUACAAGCUCGUGUUCUUAGGAGAUCAAUCAGUUGGAAAAACGAGCAUCAUCACUCGAUUCAUGUAUGAUAAGUUUGACAACACUUAUCAGGCUACCAUUGGUAUUGAUUUUUUAUCAAAAACUAUGUAUCUUGAGGAUCGAACAGUACGCUUGCAGCUUUGGGAUACAGCUGGACAAGAAAGGUUCAGGAGUCUCAUUCCAAGUUAUAUCAGGGAUUCCUCUGUUGCCGUCAUUGUUUUUGAUGUUGCAAGCCGACAAUCAUUUAUGAACACGGCAAAAUGGAUUGAGGAGGUCCGCACUGAGCGAGGCAGUGAUGUUAUAAUUGUUCUUGUUGGAAAUAAAACUGACCUUGUGGAUAAGAGGCAAGUUUCUAUAGAGGAAGGGGAAGCUAAAGCUCGUGAUUUUAAUGUAAUGUUUAUUGAAACUAGUGCCAAGGCGGGCUUCAAUAUAAAGGCUUUGUUUCGAAAGAUAGCUUCAGCAUUACCAGGAAUGGAAGCUUUAUCGUCUUCAACAAAGCAGGAAGACAUGGUGGAUGUAAAUCUCAAGUCCAGCAAUUCAAGUGGAUCCCAGCAGCAACCCCAGUCUGGAGGAUGCUCAUGCUGAUGGAUGAUCAUUAAACCAAACAUAUUUUUGAAGGUUAGUGAUGCUUCACUUUAGCAGUUGAAUCAUUUAGUUUUAGUUGUGCAAUUUGCUUUUCUAUGCUUCAGUUUUUACUUUCUCAAAGUGUGUUUAUGUUGAAUUAUCUUCUUGUUCCAGACCUUAUUUACACCGAGAAUGUUUGGUUUGAGUUGGUUUACUCCGUUGUUGUUUCAUACCCUACUUUCGAGUGAGAUAUACCGAGAAUGCUUUGUUU